CAGAAAAGCGUGCAGGGAACUUCGGAAAGGUGGCAAAGAAAUGUUGGCGCAAUGGUGCUGUGCAUGCAUGAGGAGAACAAUUCCGGACGCAGCGAAGGGUGGUGCGCCUCAGUCAUAGAAGCUGUGUCGCCUAGCCACCGACGAAGCUGCAAGGGGGCAUGGCGAGGACAAGCAUCUGCCCGGACGCUCAAGCUGGGAGUGUUACUUUAAAUUGUAAGAAUAGCAGUCAAAAGAGGGCAUAACUCAGGCAGGAUGGUCUCGUUUUAUGAGAUGUUUGCGGCAGUCGUGGACCUGGUGGUUGGGACUUUUGAGUGGAUCACUUGGCCAUUCAUUGUGAUCUCUUGGCCGUUACGGGUAGCAGUCAAAUCGAUCUUCGUAUGGUGGUCAUAUCUAACGAAAGUCAUAGUCUAUGGCGUCCUUGACACGAUCUUCUGGCCAUUCCAAGUAGUCGCUGCUGCAAGGAGGGAGAAAGAGACGCGCAGUCAGCUGCUGCUCGUCCAACAUCAAUUCUUGCAAGCUACUGCCAUCGCAAAAGACCUCACCAUCAAAUACGAGGUAGCUGUGGAAGAGCGCACGCAUGCUCGAGACGCGCUGGAGACUUGCGUGGAGGAGAAGAAGAGGCUCAAGAACAAAUUCCAUCAGGCGCAAUUGAUGCUACGGAAAAUGGACAUUGAGCGUCGGCGUGCUUGGGAGUUGGCCGGAGAGCAGCCGAAGGAGGCAGUGAGGCCUGAGGCUCUGGAGCAUACUCCGUCAUCCGAAGGUCUGGUCAUGGACAAUGUCAACACCGAUCGCCACCCCCCUCUCAGCCCCGACCGUCCCCCCUCCGUCCCCGCUUCCGACCUGGACGCCCACCGACUCUUCCUGAAUGCGGAGCUCGAGAACGGGCACUCGGAAGCCAGCCCUCACAAUGCUGACGACUUGCCGAGCAUGAACCAGCGGAACAAGCGGCCAAGGAAAGAUUCGGAAGAAGGCGGGUUCUUACCCAAGGCGUCUGAGCUUUCAAACGGGCGGGAGAGUCUCGGCGGGGUCCCUCGGCGAGAGAGCCUCGGCGGCAGUUCGCGGCGCGAAAGCCUCGGCACGGGGACUCGACGGGACAGCCUGGGGCCGGGUCCCCGACGCGAGAGCAACGUGUCGGCGACGAACGGGGACGAGGAAGGGGCAGAGAACGAGGACGGCGGGGCAGGCGCCGUCUCGACGGUGGUGCAGUGCGGGCUGAUCGGGUGGACGCUCGUGGUUUUGGGCGCGUCCACGGCGGCAAUCCUGGGUCUGUUCAUCAUCAUGAUUCUGCCGGCCCUGGUUGGGAAGGGGAACGACACAACGACGCAGAGGAUCGCGGAGUAUGUCACAAGUGUCAAGUGGUUCGUUCUGGGGUUCGUGUUCUGCUACUACAUGGAGACGGAGGAGUUCAGCUGGUUCAAGCAGGGGCUCGAGGCUGUGCCGCACGUGGAUGGAUUGGUCGGCCCGGCUUCUCAGCUGCUAGGAAGCUGAGGGUGCAGGAGCGGCGAAUUUGGGCCAGGGAUCCCAUAACGACGUCGAUAAAACCGGCAAGCCUGGGCAAUAGGAUCGAUUGUCAGUGUACCGUAGCCUGGAAGAGAUCAAGCACAUACGAGGCUGUACACGUAGAGUAAGCCCUGUAGUUGCGCACUUCAUACGCAGCCAAGUAUACUGAGGCAGAGAGCCAGAAUUGCUCGAAUUCAAAUAACCAGAUGACGCGAGUGUAGGUAUUGACACGCUGGUCGAGGAUGUGGGUCAAAUGACCUCUUUGCCGUUGCUGUAACACAUACCGUACGAGUUCUGUACAUUAAGACAUGAGCCGUUUGGAUCGCUAAGGUUAUCGUUCUCAGAUUAUUUCAGCUUAGAGCUUCAAAAUCUCAGCGUGGUUGAUGCAGUGCACCUUCUGUAUGGGCAGCAAAAGGUGGGCCAAGUCGACUCAGCGCAAUCAGCCGCCCGGCCAAGAUCCCCUGGUGGUCCGUGAACAGCUAGCUAUGAUCAACCAGACGCGCCGGCCCCUUCAUUACUCCCGAGACUCAAAACGAUUUUACGUCGGAGGCC